UGGAGGGCGAUCCGGUGCUCCUUUACCUCUCUCUAGUCUCCAGAGAGGCAGAUGAGGACCGGGGGUAUAUAUACUGGUGGGCUCGCCGUCCAGAGUCAUCAGUUGGGUUCCUCUCUCAGCAGCAGCAGCAUCCACGCAGCAUGAGGACAACUGCUCUGGUAUACCUGGCCGCAGUGCUCCUGUCGUCGGCAUGGGCAGGCGACACGAGCGCUGGUGAGGCGCCAGCCAAGAAGGACAAGCGGGGGAUCUUCACCGGCGAACACAGCUACAUCGGCGGAGGAGGCAUCGGUCUGGGCAGCAGCUACGGAGGACUGUCCGGCGGCAUCGGCGGCGGCCUCUCCAGCUACGGCGGGUCCUACGGCUACGGCGGUGGCUACGGAGGAGGUUACGGCUACGGCGGCGGUUACGGAGGCGGCUACGGUGGAGGAAUCGGACUGUCGUCCGGAUCCAUCGGCCUCAGCUCUGGAGGAAUCGGCUUGAGCUCUGGCGGAAUUGGCCUCGGCUCCGGAAUCGGACUCGGAUCCGGAGUCGGACUCGGCUCCGGAAUUGGACUCGGCUCCGGAAUCGGGCUCGGCGCCGGUGGUCUCGGAGGUGGAGCCGGAGGAAUCGGACUGGGAUCGGGCGGUAUUGCCUCCGUCGCUGUCGCCCCCACACAGACCGUCGUGCAGACCGUGAGGGUACCGCAGCCCGUCCCCGUCCCGGUGACCGUCAACCGCCCGUACCCCGUGCCGCAGCCGGUACCCGUCCCGGUAAACCGCCCGGUGCCCGUGCCCCAGCCGUACCCCGUGCGAGUUCCCCACCCCGUCCCGGUCUCCGUGCCCCGACCCUACCCCGUGGAGGUGCCCCGCCCCGUGCCCGUGCCCGUUAACAGGCCCGUCCCCGUCCCCGUGCCCCAGCCUUACCCCGUCCGCGUUCCCCACCCCGUUCCCGUCGGAGUCCCCCAGCCCUACCCGGUCCGUGUGCCCGUCCCCCACCCCGUUCCCGUGCCAGUCUCGACCGGAAUCUCCAGCAUCGGUAGUGGAAUCUCCUCUGGCGGCAUUAUCUCUGGAGGAGGUCUCGGAGGAGGGCUCGGAGGAGGUCUCGGAGGAGGUCUCGGAGGAGGACUGGGAGGCGGCAGCAUCAUCUCCUCCGGCUCCCUGGGCGGUGGUCUGAUCGGCGGAGGCUACGGCGGAGGCUACGGCGGAGGCUACGGCGGAGGCUACGGCGGUUCGUACGGAUACGGCGGAUCCUACGGAUACGGCGGCUCGUCUGGUGGACUGAUCUCUUCGGGGCUCUCGGGAGGAGUCCUGAAGGGAACCUACGUCCCCAGCAUCGCCGGAGGCCUCAGCGGUGGUAGUCUGUACUCUGGUAGCCUCUCCUCCAGCUACGGAGGUGGUUACGGCGGUGGCUACAAGAGCUACUACAAGCACUACCCCGCCAAACCGCUCUUAAUUCGGCGACGAGACUGGACUGGUUCGGCGACGCACCUCGGAGUGUCUCCCCCACCAGCCUACUCAGUCGCCGACCGCGUUUUCGCCACAGCCACACGGCGUGCUCUGGACGCGACGUCCCUCUCGUGUGCCUCCAGAGGGGCAGAUGAGGACCUGGGGUAUAUAUACUGGUGGGCUCGCCGUCCAGAGUCAUCAGUUGGGUUCCUCUCUCAGCAGCAGCAGCAUCCAGGCAGCAUGAGGACAACUGCUCUGGUAUACCUGGCCGCAGUGCUCCUGUCGUCGGCAUGGGCAGGCGACACGAGCGCUGGUGAGGCGCCAGCCAAGAAGGACAAGCGGGGGAUCUUCACUGGCGAACACAGCUACAUCGGCGGAGGAGGCAUCGGUCUGGGCAGCAGCUAUGGAGGACUGUCCGGCGGCAUCGGCGGCGGCCUCUCCAGCUACGGCGGGUCCUACGGCUACGGCGGUGGCUACGGAGGAGGUUACGGCUACGGCGGCGGUUACGGAGGCGGCUACGGUGGAGGAAUCGGACUGUCGUCCGGAUCCAUCGGCCUCAGCUCCGGAGGAAUCGGCUUGAGCUCUGGCGGAAUUGGCCUCGGCUCCGGAAUCGGACUCGGAUCCGGAGUCGGACUCGGCUCCGGAAUUGGACUCGGCUCCGGAAUUGGGCUCGGCGCCGGUGGUCUCGGAGGUGGAGCCGGAGGAAUCGGACUGGGAUCGGGCGGUAUUGCCUCCGUCGCUGUCGCCCCCACACAGACCGUCGUGCAGACCGUGAGGGUACCGCAGCCCGUCCCCGUCCCGGUGACCGUCAACCGCCCGUACCCCGUGCCGCAGCCGGUACCCGUCCCGGUAAACCGCCCGGUGCCCGUGCCACAGCCGUACCCCGUGCGAGUUCCCCACCCCGUCCCGGUCUCCGUGCCCCGGCCCUACCCCGUGGAGGUGCCCCGCCCCGUGCCCGUGCCCGUUAACAGGCCCGUCCCCGUCCCCGUGCCCCAGCCUUACCCUGUCCGCGUGCCCCACCCCGUUCCCGUCGGAGUCCCCCAGCCCUACCCGGUCCGUGUGCCCGUCCCCCACCCCGUUCCCGUGCCAGUCUCGACCGGAAUCUCCAGCAUCGGUAGUGGAAUCUCCUCUGGCGGCAUUAUCUCUGGAGGAGGUCUCGGAGGAGGGCUCGGAGGAGGUCUCGGAGGAGGUCUCGGAGGAGGACUGGGAGGCGGCAGCAUCAUCUCCUCCGGCUCCCUGGGCGGUGGUCUGAUCGGCGGAGGCUACGGCGGUUCGUACGGAUACGGCGGAUCCUACGGAUACGGCGGCUCGUCUGGUGGACUGAUCUCUUCGGGGCUCUCGGGAGGAGUCCUGAAGGGAACCUACGUCCCCAGCAUCGCCGGAGGCCUCAGCGGUGGUAGUCUGUACUCUGGUAGCCUCUCCUCCAGCUACGGAGGUGGUUACGGCGGUGGCUACAAGAGCUACUACAAGCACUAGACCCCCGCACAAAUGACAUCAAUCCAAAGCACACAAGGCUCCUGAGGGAAGAAGUGAAGAAGGGACGAUGCCAUUCAAAACACAGGAAGACGUCCUCUACGCCGAAGUAUGGGGAUAUCUCGGGAUAGAAAUGUGGAGCUAUCUCUCCGAUGUCCAAUUUUGGCUGGUGUGGAAUGGGCUUCAGAUCUCGCGCCGAGAUGGAAGCAGCUUUCCACCUAGUACGAUAUUCCCAAGGAAUCGAUGCUGCUCACCAAGUCAUAUUGUUCAUAAAUUAAUAUUCACUUCAUUCACUGUCAUGUUGUUUCCACAUCAACCAUAUUCUUCGAGCAUAUUGUGCCUUAAUUCACCUUUCUCCAUUAUCGUUUUGUGAUAUUUUGUACAAGAGAAAAGUCUUUCACUUUCUUAAAUAAAGCAGUUUUGUAAACAAAAUAAGAAAG